AGCGCAGCAUGGUACAGAUGAGAAUCCUGCUCAAUAAUCAGGCUUCUCUGAGAAUGUUUCGUCCUGGGUGAUGGCGUCUAGACUUGAGACAGCCGGCUGGCUGGUCCUCACAGUUGCGCUAUUCCUAUCUUCCAUAGGUAUCAGCACCAUUCUCUUUUGGUCCAGCGUCCUUGGUGCUUUCGUGGCAGGGUUCUUUGUGAUUGUGCUGUACCAGGCUAUGCACUGGUCGGACAAAACCAAGCAGGAUGCUCCCCAUCUGCGGCCGAAUCCCCCCGUGACGGCCAUGGAUAAGGUAACCUGGCACCACGCCGAUGAGCCGAUAACAUUCAAAGUUGACAAACGCCUCACCGGUGCUAUGCUGAUAGACACACCGCUACAGGAUUGUCUGAAUUACCUAUGUCGCGACUAUGUGGAGUGGUUCUACUAUGCUGUCGGGGCACAUCCAGCAUUCCUCAACGAAGUACACGUAGUCUUGCGGCAGAUCAUUAUCAACUUCUCGGCCCGAGCAAAGGAAGUGGAGUGGACACCGUUCUUCACCAAGCGCAUACCGGACGACUUUGCGUCCCACCUGCGCCUGUAUCGCCUGGCACAGGAACGGCUGCGUAAGGACAAGGAUACUCCCCGCAAUAGCAUCCCGGGUAGCUUGUCCAGUACAGCGGUGGGCGGUGAGAGUCGACCAUCUACACCACUCUCAACAUCUGUCACCAGCGACGGUCCAAAGGAACAGACAGAGCAACAAAAGGUGCCCGAAUUCACGGAGUUCGAGCAGCUCUUCUUUGAAGUAGAGAAACGGAUGGAGCACUGCCUGCCGUUUGAGGCUAUCCUCUGCUCGCCUGAGCUUGAAAGAGAUUAUCUCCGAGAUAUCAGUGAAAUUGUGCUCUAUUUGCUGUUGCCGGAAGGCGACUUUGAAAACAAAGUUUUACGGCAGCUCCUCAAGGAGGUGAUGGUCAACACUGUAUUCCUACCACUUGUGGAGAGAAUGGCCGAUGAGGACUACGUGAACCAGACGCUGACUUGGCUGUUGAAACCGUCCAUGUUUACUGCGGAGAUCUUCACGCACAUUGUAAAGACAUCUCGCAGUGUGGUUGAACUGGAGGAAGUCCUGGUUCAGAUUGAAGCAGAGAUUGCUAAGACAAGGGAGCAUGAUUCCGGAGAUGACCCUGGCUCUAGCGCUAAACAGACACUGGACAGCUUAUCACAUCUCAAGACGUUCUGUAUGACUCGCCUUGAUCAACUUCACCAUGGCAUCUUGGACCCCCAGUCCGACACGACUGCUGGAGAGGAUAGCGAUGUGCCGACCGAAGGCUCCGCCGCUAUGCCGCACGCACCGACAGGCGCGCUGCCCAGCCUGCCACUUGAGGUUGUUCUGGGCAACAAUGUGGCAUUGUCUUAUUUAUGUGAAUUUUUGGAGAAUCGCCCCGAGAAGAAACUGGUUCAAUUCUGGCUAACUUGCGAGGCUUUCCGGACGUCUGCACAGCAGAAGAUCCAGGCACGGAAAGAAAGUCUUCAGCGGGGUGAUAGUGCUCCGCCGGAAGUAGAGGAUCUGCGGCAAAUGGCGAUGAGCAUUUAUGACUCAUACCUGGGCGAAGCGGUACGUUUGAAGUGUUUCUCGUCUGACGUUUGCCAGUACGUGUGGAGUCUGAUCAACACCCGGCCGCCGAGCAGUGAUUGGUUUGACGAGGCACAGAAACAGUCUGUUGCCGAGGUAGAGCGCUCCUGCUACCCAGAGUACCAGAGAUCGUCCUUCUAUUCACAGUGUCUACGCCAGCUGUCAACGACCAGCCAUAGCGAUGAUCUGGACAGCAUAUCUGUUCAGGGCGAUGAUGGUGACUUUGAAGCAAUGCUCACGGAAAGUGUUGACAUGCACGGAUCAUCUAGUCAGCGCGAAGACAUGCUACUGGCGAGCGGUGCGUUUGUGGAGCCUCUUGUCCUCACCUCUCCGUCCGGGUCCGACCAAGUGGAGAGCGUUGCAGUUACAGUCCCCUCGCACUCAAUUGCCCGCUAUGGCACCAAGUCCAUUGUGCGCUACACUCUUCAUCUGUAUUGUAAAUACGCUAACACCUCUAACCCAGUGACCUGGUCCGUGUCGAGACGCUACAGCGACUUUGUCAACUUUCACGUGGCAGUUGUUGAGAAGUCGAAUAUUUCGGCCGAGCUGCCUCCGAAGCGGGCCUUCAACAACCUCGACCCGGCAUUCCUGGAGAAGCGGCGAUUGGGACUGGAAGCAUAUCUCAAAACGCUGGUAUCCCGUGAGUCUUGCCAGGCACAGCCGGGCAUACUGCAAGCAAUCAUCCACUUUGCCGACUCAUCCGGCGCUUCUGGGGAGAACUCUGGACGUCGUGGUACCCUGCUUCGUAAGAGACUCAAUGUCACCGGUUCCGUGAGCAGCAGCUUGGCCAAAGUGAUAAAGAACUCUCCCAUCACUGUCCGCCGCUCAGAGGAAGAAGUGACACCAGAAGUGGCUGCAAAAGCUGAGGACGUCAAAAUGUCGGCCACUAUUAAUGAGGAAGACAAUAUUCCACUGCGUAUUAUCUUACUGCUAAUGGAUGAAGUGUUUGACUUUGCCACGACUAACCGAUGGCUGAGACGGCACGUCAUCGUGAUCUUGCGUGGCUUGAUGAAGAAAACAUUCGGAGACACCAUCAACAGGAAAAUAGUGGACCAGGUUGAGUACUUGACCUCAGCUGAGCAGAUAGCCGAGUUCAUCAAGGUUUUCCGGGAGUCCUACUGGCCCAAUGGUCUGAUUGGACCCUACUAUGCGCCGCGUCCCAAGGACCAGAAGAUCCGAACUGAGAUUGCUGCCAAAGUUAUGCUACUCGGCUCCGUGCCAGACGAGCUGAAACGGUUUAUUGGCACGAAGGCUACUGAAGAAGGCAUCCUUCGGGUGUUUGAUAUGUUCCAGUACCGCCGUCUCAACAAGCGACUCUUCUACUUGAUCAUGGAAGCAUUCCUGGAGACCCUGUUCCGAGGUAACUCUCUGCCUCAGAUCUUCAAACACCUGCACUCUGCACGACCACACAGCUCUUCUAGAGGGCCAACAGCUACAGGUUAGGGCCUUUCUCUCACUCACACUCUCUCACUCUCUCUCUUCUCCCCUGCUCUCUCUCUCUCUCUCAUUUACUCACUCGCUCUCCUUCUCUCCCUUCCUAGAACCAUGGAAUUCCCAUUCUCUGUUUUAGCGUGUUUGCUGAAGAAGUGGAUGGUCUCCUCUCCCAUGCUGUGCUGUAUGUUAUUUUAUUCUAGUUUAGAGCAUACCUGCCAAAGAAUCCACAUAGCUGACGUUAAAAUGGACACACCUUUUUUAAACUGUAAGAAAAUGGUAAUUUAUAUUGUAUUUUUAGGGGAAAUAUUUAAGCCGAGUGUGCUGGUCACAUGGUGAUUGUGUAGUAGUCUUGUAUCCUUGUGUCCUGUCCGUGCCCUAAAUGUGCUGCCGGGCACCUUGAUUGUAGCGUAGUAGAUAUUUCUACGUGGCUUGUGUUGUUGUUUCCCACCCAUAGCUCUGUUUUUUUUAUGUGUUUUAUAUGUUUCUACUGACCUAUAUUCUAGAUUGAGUUGAUUAUUCAGCCGCUACGUUUGUGUGCAUAUUUUAUUCGGCCCACUUCGCAAACACGUAUCCACGUGCGCACAAGUACACUACUUUCAUUUUUUGGGACCUUUCGCUCCAAACAUUCACACCGUUUCUGUCACCACCGGCCACAAUCAUUCUCGGAGUCUGUUCCGUCACAGCAUUUUCCAAUUCUGGACACUCAUUAUCGGACGUUGUUUUUAAAUUUUAUAUUUUGCUGCCUUGCAACAGCGUAUUGCACGCAGUCAACGUCAA